AUGCAGGAGAACCCCACUGUUGAAGUUGCUUGUGAGCCACCUGCGCACAUUGCUAAUGGAUGGGACAACCGCGGCAGGAAAAAUGUUUUCCUUGUUGGCUCAAGUGUGAGCUUCUCCUGUGACCAUGGUUGGUCACUUGUUGGAGUAUCCUCCAUUCGAUGUACAGCUGGUGAUGGGGGAACUCCACGCUGGAAUGCACCAGUCCCUGAGUGCAAAGAGAUUCCUCGUUGUCCAAACCCAGUGAUUGAACAUGGAAAACAGAUCUCUAUACGUCAAACUGAAUAUAUAAUUGGAAACCGUAUUGAGUUUCAAUGUGAAUCUGGCUACAUUCUCAAAGGCAGCAAGUCGAUUGAAUGCCAGGCAAAUGGGACGUGGGAUCCUCCAAUGCCAUCUUGUAUUAAAGGAGAAGCAAAUCGAUUCUCCUCUGUGAAACAUGGGUUCAUGAGAGUGUAAAGUUUCUCCACUGCGGUGUAUGUCUGACAGAACUGAGAACCCUGCUGGAAGCACAGAAACUGUAUCUGGAGAUUUCAAAACUUCAGCGGGACCUACAAAAAUACAAUGAAUAGCUGAAAUCUGUGACAAACUGUCUCCUUUGGAUGCAGUUUGUAUAAUUACUUUGUACAUAUGAUGAUUGUUACUAUUUGCAGAGAACUUGCUAGUACAUCUAGUGAUUCAGGAAGAGAUUAGCCAGUACCUCAGGAAUCAGAUAUUUUUCAUGAUGUGUGCCAGUGAUUAAAGUUUUUUGGUUUUUUUUUUUGCUCUUUCCUUUCAAUUUGACAAAUAUAAGUCCCUACUUAAUAAACAAGAGAAUGAAAUCCCUAAUAUGUUUGGGGGGGAGGGCUAUAGUAACAGGAUUGAAUUCAGAUUCCUUUCAGUUCGGAAAGGGAAAGCAAGUUGAGAGAAACUAGAUUAAAAUGUACGGAAGUAAAUCUUCAGUUGACUCAAGCUUCAGCCCCUAUGCAGAAUACACCAACAACCUUCAGCUUUCAGAAAUCACCCAACUGUUGCAUAUGUUUACUCUUAAUGCAUUAUAACCCAAACAUAUUUAAAGUAGUGAAUGGCUAUUUAACUGCCUGAUUUCCAUGAACUUUAAGGGCAUCUCUGUUCAUAAAUCCCUGUGCCCCACUGAAAAUGUAAAGCUUAAAGCCAAUUUUCUGCCCUAUCCUCUUAGUUAAAAAGUCAACAGUUUUUUUCCUUCCCAAUCUGAACAAAUCUAUUUUUGAUUGACAUCAGUGCUGAUCUCAUCUGUAGCAUUUCUAUAGCCUUACACACACUCCCACGAACUGAUGGUGAAAAUUUAACUGUAGAGCAGCAACCUGCCAACCAUUUCCCCAUUGCCCAAUGAAUGCUAGGGGUGUCCUCUAACCUACGCCUUUGUGAUCAAGCAAUUAUUUUUGCCCUGCAGGGCUACAAUAAAGUACAACUGUAAAAACUG